CUCCUCCUGCCAUUCUCUUUUUCUUCUUCUUCUUCUUCUUCACCUCUCAUUUCCUCUUCCUCUUUGUGGUUUGGGUGAUCUCUUGGAAUCAAUCAGCUUUUCCCUUCAUAGAAACCACAGAACCUCAGAAGCAGAAUCCAAUUCCUCUCCUAAUCCCCACCCUUUGCUUCCACUGGUGGGAACCCCCUCUCCUUUUCCCCCCUCCUCCUCCUCCUCCCCCUUGUGCUUAUUCUUUAAAAAGCCCCACUCUCUCUUCACCUCCUCUCCCACCCCCCACCCACACCCCAAGAUCAAAUUUUGAUCAUCACCAACCUCCCAAAAUCCCACCUUUUGUUGGUUUAUUUCUUCUUCGAUCUCACAUGCAUGCAUGCAUAUGCUCCUCGAUCUCCUAAUUAAUGUUCUCAAUUCAUGUCUCCUUUCCUAAGUGAACUCCUCCUCUCCGGUUACAUAAUCAACUCCUCACUUCGACGCAGAACCCACAUGGCUCAAUCCUUCUCCGUGGUCUUCCUCUACUGGUUCUAUGUUUUCUCAUAAACUGCUUCCCCAAUCCAUCCUCCCUAUAUACUAUAUAUAUACACUUCUUUAGUUACUUAUAUAAGUUUCCCAAGCAAUUAUAUACUAUUACUAUUAUUAUUAUAAAAAUAUAUAAAUAUUAUCAUGGGAUCCUCUAGUGGGGCUUCAACAGCUGGGUCGAUCACCCAGAUUAUACAGAAUUCAGGAUCCGACGAUCGAGAGGAUCUGCAAGCGGUGAUGAGGAGGAGGAAGCAGAAGAGGAUGCAGUCGAACCGCGAGUCGGCGCGGCGGUCGCGCAUGCGGAAGCAGAAGCACCUGGACGAGCUGGCGGCGCAGGUGAGCCACCUGACGGAGGAGAACGGCCACGUGCUCAUGGCCGUCAGCUUCACCACGCAGCAGCUGCUGGCGGUGGAGGCCGAGAACACCCUCCUCAGGACUCAGGCGAUGGAGCUGAGCAGCAGGCUCCACUCCCUGAAUCAGAUCUUGUGCUGCAUGAACGAUGCUGCUGCUGCUGCUGCUGCUGCUGGUGGUGUUCAUGGUGGUGAUGAGAGCUACGUGAUGAUGAUGAGGCCACUGAUCAUGGCUUCUGAGGAUAUGGUGCAGUUACAGUAUUGUUGAGUUAUCAGGGAAGGAGCUAGCUCUAGCUCUAUUUGUUUUUUCUCCUUUUUUUUUUUUUGGGUGGUGGUGGUGGUGGUGGUGGUAGUGUUUGUGAUGGGUGGUGCAU